GGGAUUUCUUCCUCAAGCUGUUUCCGGUUUUGCUGCCAUAUUCAGCUAGAGGUUUUUUCUUUUUCCCCCCUCUAGGGAGGAGAGAAAGGGGAGGGGAAGGGAAGGAGGAGGUGGAGAAGGCGGCGGCAAAGGGGGCAAGUGAGACACUCUUCAAACCAGGACAGGGGAAACCGGGUUUCUAGUCUCAGGGCAGGCUGGCUUUGAUCUCCCUUUGGCUCCAUUUCGAUAUUUCCUCAUCCUUUUCCCUCUAACUAGGGGUGGGGGUGGGGGCGCCUGCCGGCUUUCUCUCCCCUUCUCUUCCCUGCUGGGGCAGGGCUGUCCGACUCUCGACCUGAAUCCGCCCCCGAGGAGGACGGAGCAGCCUACUCGGCCAAGCUUGUACGGCGCUCAGCGAUCAUAGCCUUUCGCCCCAGCCUUACUGCUAAGGGGCGGGCGGAUUACUGCGUCCACCACAGAGACCCUUGUCCUUCGGACCCCAAUCCUCACUCCUCUCUCUUUAAUUCUCUCUCUUUGCUCCUUACCUCCCCCACUCCCCCAUUUCUGGCACGGCUUCCCGAGCUCCACUCCCCACCCGAACCCCUCCAUCCUUCGUUCUACGCUGCUCCCUCCGGAGCUUUGAUCCCCGCCCCUCACCCUCAGAGCCCCAAUCCCUAUUCUUUCACUUCCAGCACCCCAAUCCCUAUCCCUCACUCCCAUAGGCCGGAUCCCUACCUUUAACCCCAACUACCCCUUCUCCGCCCACCUCCUCUCUUCCAGGAGCCCCUAGAACUUCCUUCAUUAUUCUUCCUCCUCUUUCCCUUCCCUUCAUUCCUUCUUUCUCCUUUUCCUCCUCCUUCCCUCCCUCCCUCUUCUUCCCCUCCCUUUCUCCCUCUCCUCCCUUUUUCCCUCCCUCGGCCGCCUUUCCUCCUCUCUCCGACCGAUAAUUCAUUUUCCCCACCGGAGCCAAUCUGUCUGGGUGUCGCUGGAGGAUUGGGGGCGAGGAGGAGGAGGAAGAGGAAGAAGUCCACUGUCUUUCUUGGGGAGAGAAGAGUCAUUGAAAUCCAGUGGCAAGACAAAAGUCAGGAUGAUUGGUGAUGACCUGGGAUUCAGUGGAUGAUUUAGGCAUCUUCAAUGUCUGACCAAGCUCUAAGGGCUCCACAGUGCCUGCCUCAGCUAUUUUUCAGCUACAAACUGUUCUCAUUCACCCAUUCUUCUGGGGGAAAUGUCAUGCUCAUGGCAUAGAUAACCCCCUCUAACUCACUGACAGCUUUGAGGCUUGCUGGUUAUCCUCAAUCUGGUUUAGCCCAUCUGCUGUGGUGGUUUUACUGGGGUGUACCUGCUGCAUAGGCUCCAGCUUUUUGAAGUCACAAGUUAGAGUUGAGCAAGAAGUGGACACCAAAGGUGGAUGAGCAGUUGGAAAAGGACUUGAUGAGGAGCUUCAGAGAUAUGAAAUGACUUGCUUACUGUCGCACAGCUGCUGAGAACAUCUGGGCCUCCCCUUACCCCCAGCCCUGUGGGUCAGGGACUGAGCCAGGUCUCCUGAUUACAAAACCACCUAAAGAAAGUCUGGAUCAGAAGUUUGGACCAUGGGGAGUAGCAAAAGCAAACCCAAAGACCCCAGUCAGAGACGUCGAAGCCUGGAACCCACUGAGAGUGUGCUCCACAGUGGUUUCUCUAUUUCUCAGACUCCCAACAAGGCAUCUGCACCUGAUACCCACCGUACUCCCAACCCACCCUUUGGGACCACAGCACCUGAGCCAAAGCUCUUUGGAGGCUUCAACACAUCAGACACAGUCACCUCUCCACAGCGCUCAGGGCCUCUGGCAGGUGGGGUGACGACUUUCGUGGCCCUAUAUGACUAUGAGUCCCGCACUGAGACAGAUCUGUCCUUCAAGAAGGGAGAACGCCUGCAGAUAGUCAACAACACGAGAAAAGUGGAUGUCAGCCAGACCUGGUUCACAUUCAGAUGGCUCCAAAGAGAGGGAGACUGGUGGCUGGCCCACUCACUCACCACCGGACAGACUGGCUACAUCCCCAGCAACUACGUAGCCCCAUCGGAUUCCAUCCAGGCUGAGGAAUGGUACUUUGGCAAGAUCACCCGUCGAGAGUCUGAGCGGCUGCUGCUUAAUUCGGAGAAUCCCCGAGGCACGUUUCUGGUUCGGGAAAGUGAGACCACCAAAGGUGCCUACUGCCUUUCUGUCUCUGACUUCGACAAUGCCAAGGGCCUCAACGUGAAACAUUAUAAGAUCCGAAAGCUGGACAGUGGAGGCUUUUAUAUCACCUCCCGCACACAGUUUAACAGCCUGCAGCAGCUGGUGGCCUAUUACUCCAAACAUGCUGAUGGCUUGUGCCACAGACUCACCAAUGUCUGCCCCACGUCCAAGCCACAGACCCAGGGCCUGGCUAAGGAUGCCUGGGAGAUCCCCCGGGAGUCCCUGCGGCUGGAAGUGAAACUGGGUCAGGGCUGCUUUGGAGAAGUGUGGAUGGGAACCUGGAAUGGCACUACCAGGGUGGCAAUAAAGACCCUGAAGCCUGGCACUAUGUCCCCGGAAGCCUUCUUGCAAGAAGCACAGGUCAUGAAGAAACUUCGGCAUGAGAAACUAGUACAGUUGUAUGCUGUGGUGUCUGAGGAGCCCAUCUAUAUUGUUACAGAAUACAUGAACAAGGGAAGCUUGCUGGACUUCCUUAAAGGUGACAUGGGCAAGUAUCUUCGGCUACCCCAGCUGGUGGACAUGGCGGCUCAGAUUGCAUCUGGCAUGGCCUAUGUGGAAAGAAUGAACUAUGUCCAUCGCGACCUCCGGGCUGCCAACAUCCUGGUGGGAGAGAAUCUGGUGUGCAAGGUGGCAGACUUUGGGCUGGCCCGGCUUAUUGAGGACAACGAAUACACUGCCAGACAAGGUGCCAAAUUUCCCAUCAAGUGGACAGCUCCAGAAGCUGCCCUAUAUGGCCGGUUCACCAUCAAGUCUGACGUGUGGUCCUUUGGAAUCCUGCUAACUGAGCUAACGACCAAGGGCCGAGUGCCAUACCCAGGGAUGGUGAAUCGGGAGGUGCUGGACCAGGUUGAGCGAGGAUACCGGAUGCCCUGCCCACCAGAAUGCCCUGAAUCCCUGCAUGACCUCAUGUGCCAGUGCUGGAGAAAGGACCCUGAAGAACGGCCCACUUUCGAAUACCUGCAAGCAUUCCUGGAGGACUACUUCACAUCCACAGAGCCCCAGUAUCAGCCUGGGGAGAAUCUAUAGAGUUGGGCUGGGGCCCUGGUGCCAAAGACUCCCUCUUGUUCCUCAGGAUUACCCUGAGGGCUUGCUGGGCCAGAGGCCUAUCCAGCUGAGACCAUGGUGCUGUAGCUAUGGUGGGCUCUUCCCAGAGCUUGGGUAAUGGGCCACUUCUUCCUCCCUUGCCUGGCUAAAGGGACUUGGUCACCCCUUCCUUGCCAACAGUGAUGAUGAUUUUGCCCUUGAGGUGAGCUGCAGUGGGGUGGUGGCCCUAGAGCUGCCAGUGAUGGAGCUGAAGGGCUGAAUGUCUGAGCCUUAGGCCUAGUAUAUAUGGGCGUUCUAGCCCCUAGCCUCCCUCUGCUCACUGGGAGGAUGGAGGGACCAUAUUCUUAGAGCAGCAGAUCUCAGGCUGAUAGCUCAGCACUGAAGAUCAAUGUGGGCACUGAAGACCCCCUUUCCUUCCCUAGCUGCCCCUCUCCCCUCAUCCCCCCUAUUUCCCUCCAAAACAACAUGAUCCCCUUCCUGUCUUGUUGUCUGGUGUUACCAGCUAGUCCAGCAACAGGUUAUUAUGGAUGAAAGAGCUUGAGGCAUUUCUUGGGUGAAGAAGGUCAGAACCUUUUUCACUCAUAGCUGAAAACUGAGAAUAACCUCAGCUCUUCUGAACCACAUCUAGCUCCGCCCAAAGGGCCUGGAGUCUGCCUAGAUAAGGGAACAGGUGCAUCUCUGGCUCAGUGCAAAGCAGGUUGCAGAUAUCAGUCUUCCAGUCCCUGUCUGGUCUAGUCUCCUUCCUUCAUCAGUUAACUCUGUAGGACUUGUACUAGAAAAUCAUAAUGUUGUUGACAUUUUCUGGGGCCUCAGGUUGAGGUCUCUCUUUCCCUUGAAAUUGAGCGAACAUUCCUAGAGGAUGUGUUCUCCGAGUUCCCAUUUAACAUCUGACUGAAGUUAGGAAACUUCUGCUCAGUAUUUUGGCCUACUUCUUACAAUACCCCUUCUUCCACGUCUUUUUCCCCAAUUUAUUUAUUCCUAGCUUCUGGCUCAUGGGCUGUCCAAAGAUCCCCUUUUCCAAGUUGAAGAAUCACCUCUAACCCUAGGGUCCUUCAGAGCUGCAGGGCUUGUUCUUCUCCCACCCUUCACUCAUAUACUCUUUCCUGCCAAUCCAUGUGGGUCAAGUCUUGCUAUCCCUAGACAUCAUGCUUGAAAUUCCUUCAGGGAAGGUUGGCCCAGGAGUCUCCUUUGCAGUAGCGCCCCCCUCCCCCCAAUAAAGGACUAUAUCUUAAAGAAUUCCAAGGAGAUUUUGGAGGGAUCAGCCUGUCAGUUUUCAUUCUUUGCCUCCUUACAGAAUAGCAGCAGGUCCUGAUCCUUUGGGGCUGCAGGUUUUAAAAAGAUAGUUCCCAAUCCUCCAUCCUUCUAAACCAGUGCAAUAUCUCCAGGACUAUAAAGGAGAUGCCCACAGAGCACUGGGCUCCAUCAGUAAAGGUUGGCAUAGAAUCCUCAUUUAAUCUCUUCCAUGCUUUUGACUCCUCCCAUCUCAAAAAUAUGCAUCCUCAGGGGUGAAGUCUUCUAAAUUGGGGCGAAAAAGAGGUAAAAAUGGGGAAGAGCAAGAGAGCCUAGUUUUUAUAAGAGGUAAGGCAGAGCUGGGGACUGGUCAGCAGUAGUCAGUGGUCUGAGUCCAUCAGGGUUCUAUUCUUAUUCUGAACUCAGUAAAAUGGUUUUUUUCCCCAAUUCUGACCAGGUGAUUUCAGGCUUUCAACCCACCACAGUGCCACUGAAUGUCAGAGUUAGAUCAUCUAGUCUAAUGACCUCAUUUUACAAAGGAUGAAACUGAGGCCUAGAAGAAGGGGGAAAAAAAACCAAAAACAACUUUUCCUAUAUCACACAGUGGAUUAGUGUUAGACCUGGGACCCGAGAACCCUGAAACACCACAAGAGGCUGAGAGUUUGACAAGUUAAAUCUGGCUUCAAAGUUGAGAACCCGAUGACAAAGAUGACCUGUUAUACCCCUGCCCCCUCCAAGGCAGUGCACACCAGAUCACUGUUAGCCCCAAAUGACAAGAUAUGGAGAAAUUGGGGGAGGAAUUGAUGUCUUUUUUGGGGGGCAGCCAGUUUUUUUCAUAGUUUCAGAGUUGGAAGUGACCUUAGAAGUUAUACAGUUCAACCCCUUGUCAUUAUCCCUGAUGGGAUCCCUGCUUGGAAACCUCCAAUGACAAGAAACUUGCUACCUUUAAAAAUUUUAGAUGUUUCUCCAGCUCAUGAGGCUGGAGAAAGGUGGUAGGGCCUGGCUGAAGAAAUCUAAAAUCGAGUGACAGAAACAACUAUUAGAGAUAAGGGAAUUUAGACCUAGAGUGUUCCUGGGUCAGAACAAAGCCUGAAAGGGGCCUGGCAUUUCUUAUAGAUCCUAAAGGCUCACUGCCACUUUUGGCUAUGUCUUCCUUAUUCCUAUCCUGUCUUUACCUCCCACCCCAACCCCUAAUCUCCCAUCUUCCCACCAAGUUUGUCUUUCUAGGCUAGGACCGUAACAAGGUUGUUAUUGCUGAUGGCAAUGGGGUGGAAGGAGCAACAUUUCCUCAGAAAUUUAACUUUGCGAAAGAGGUCCUCAAAAGGUUAGGAAGCCAGGGUUGGCAUGUGUGCGUGUAUGUGGGUGCAUGUGUGUAGCUGUGUGUCCAUAUUUAACAUGUAAAAAAAUCCUUUGGGGAACAUUGUACAUUACCUUCUUCCUACUCCAUAUCCCCCAGUGGUAUGCCCAGUCAGUCGUCCCUUCCACCUCUCAGUAGUAUAGCAAUAAUGACCACGGGCACCUUGGGGUUCACUUGCCCAGUGCUAGGUUUGCCCAGUGCCUGGGGCUGCACACCUGGGGUUAAUCUUUCCAGUCUCUGCACCAAUCAGCUGAGAAUGCAGGCUCAUACCCAGGGAGCCCCCAGGAGGUGGUGGCUGGGAUUCUUUGUACCAACCAGCCCUUGCCUGCAUGGAAGGGCAUUGGUAAUGGCUUUCCUAGAUGCCCCAGCCAGUUCUGAGGGUUUCCCCAUUUCCAUUUUUCAACCUCCCCUCCCCUCCAGCCAAUAAAAAGGCAAUUUGUUACCUAAUGAAGCUGUACCAUAAUGAUUGCUGUCACUGUCUGGAUGCUCUUUAGCAUUCUUGUCUUGAAGAAUUCAGUCCUUGCUACAAGAGUCUGAAGCUGUCUUUUUUUUAAGUGUUUUGUAAAUUCCAGAUGACUAUGCAGAGGCCUUGGGGUCUCUCACCCUCACUCCGGUCUGGCUGGGUGUGUAGCUUUCAGCCUUGGUGGGGGAUGGGGAGGGAAGAAUGUUUUGAGAACUGCAAAAAGGUGGUUUGUAAAUACUUUGCAUUUUGUCUGAUUAAACACAAACAGACCUCA